GAAAUUCACUUGUCGAGUAAAUCAUCUGACUUCCGUUGUAGACAUCCUGUUGGCGACAUUAAAACCUCGUCGUACGCAUUAAUUGUCUGAAAUAUACAAAUAGCGACGACAUUUUCCGAAUAAAAUGGAUAUACUGAAAGCUGAGAUCGCAAGGAAAAGGAAACUUAUCGAAGAAAAGCAGCUUGUGGACGUGAGUAGCUGACCAGUAGUUAGUUUGGUAUGCUAGCUUAUAGCUUAGCUUGAAGUCGAACAUUGUGUUUUCCAUUUUUAAACGUUACUUUUGGAGAAUCAAACACUAUGUACGUGUUUUAAAAGAGAUUUGGCACUCUGUUAAAUAAACAUCUACUGUUAAAGACCUAGCUAAUGCACGUCUCUCGGUUUUAAUAACAGCCUGUAGGAAUAAACCAGCAGUAGCAAGAAAAACCUCGCGUUAAAGUUGAAUUAUCAUCGUGUUUACCUUUAUUAAGCUCUUCUUUCCAUCAGAAAAGUCAUAUAUUUAUCUUUAUAUCCAAGAAGCUGGAUCUUCCUCACCCAAAAGGUGACCUAACUGUUUGGUACACUGCUUAUUUAAAGGCCAGAUUAUUAGGUUUAGACGCCACAUUUUCUAUUUAGUCUGCCAAUUUAAUUUUAGGAUAAAAAAAAUAAAGGAUAAGCAUCACCAGUUUGACAACAAAAACUGUAAAUGAAGAAGUAGUAUAGCUGUUUUUUGGUCCCAUAAUAUUGCCUAAAUAGUAAUGACGUUAUGGUGUAAAUAAUAAUACCCCUUUUAUUGUUAUCACUCUUCUUCAGCACUGGUCUGAUCUUUUCAUGUUACUGUCAUGAUUCGUUAUAAAAAGCGUAAACCAUUUUAAUGAUUAUUGUGCUUUCAGGACUCCAAAAAGUUCUUCAAAAGGGCCGACCUUGCUCAAAAGGAAAAGGAAGAUUACCUCCGAAGAUGUGGAUAUAAGGUUCAUAUUGUAAAGUCACUUUCUUUUAGACACACAUUUGAAAUCCCACCAAAGACGGCUUCUCUUCAGUUCAGUUCUGUCUCAUGACAGUCUAAAAGUGCAUCAAACCCUUUACCUGGGAACAAAAUGAGGCCAGGCUGUGAUGCUUAGGUGUAUAUUAGUGUUAACUUCUGUGUUUGCUGUGCUGUUUUUCCUCAACCUGCCUCAAUGCUGCCUGCAUCUGUAGGUUCAGCGAGAGACUCCUGAGAGCCAGGUAUGGGUUUGCACAGUGGAAGUAGUCGACAAGAUGCAUGAUUAAGAUUUUAACACGCUGUGCCCCAGAGGCCUCUCCAUGUUUGGCACCCUUUUCUGAAAGUUAGCCUUAAAAGCAACAACAUAUUGUAGAUUUUUAGAUGGUGGAAAUGACAUAUUUUUGCUUGAAGUUAAAUCAAGCUAAUGAGGGAUUAACAUGACGAGACAACAUAAGACAAGACAACAACAGUCAGCGUAAUAUCUACCAGCUGUUAAAAGGAUUUCUUACAUGAGUCUCCCUUGCUUUUUUUGCAUGAUAGAUUAAAUGAUUUUAUUCAGUAACUAUUAUCAUAUGAAUUUGCUUUUGCAACACAUGCCACCUUUUUAAUUUGCAGGUUUUCAACAGUUCUUAUGCAUUUGCUAGACCAGUCGUUUUAUCUAGUUUUAAAGUAUUUAAAGACUCUUCAGUAAAGCAGGAAAGGGAACAAAGUAAAGACUUUACAAGGCCAAAAUGGGGCACAGACAUGGUGUGGAUUUCAGCAUGGGAUACUGAACUGAAUUUUAAAAAAAUUCUAAAACUUAACCAAGCUGCAGCAACCCUUGUUUUGCAACUAUUCUGUAACAGCAGCUUUAUGAUUUGUACCAAUUUUUCUUUUGCCAAUUUUUUGCCACUAGUAUGCAUUGCCUUGGAACAAUUGCACUUGAGAGAUCUGCAUUUUCGUUGAACUUGUGCAAAGUUUUAUACGUCAGACACAUCCAGAUAUGGUUUUUGCAUACAUAUAGUAUUCUGUUUUGAUUUGAGUGAGGUCCAUCGUUUAUUUGGAAGGCUUUUUUAUGAUUUGUCCUUUUAGGUUGUGCUCGCAAAAUCACAAUCUAAAAGUGCCAAGAUGCAUGAGCUUAAUACGGCAUGAUCUGGUAGUGUAAUUUUAUUAGUGUUUUGAUAAAACAAUUGAAAUAUUUGCCUAAGAAGGGCUUUAGCAGGACAACCAGCUUUAAGAAUAUGCCUCAUGUAAGUUUUUACCUUGAUGUGCAUUACUGUCAUGUAGUAUUCUUCUUUUCAUUGGUAAGUUAGUGGGGGACUUGCCUUUAACGAGGACCAACAGGUAAGAAAGGGGUGGGAGUACAUGUAAUCCAAAUUUUUAUAGUGACACACAUUCCUUUCAGUCCUGAGGUUUCAUCUCAUGCAAACAUUGUGAGAGAUGUCUUUAGUUUUAAAUUUUGGAUCUGUGUAUUAACUUAAAAUCCAUCCAAAUAACUUUCUCACAUAUCUUUUAUCUCCACCUGCUUGAAAGGUUGAUGAAAAAGAAGAGGAUGAACCCACCACCUCUGCUAACCCAGUGCUAGAACUGGAGCUGACAGAAGAGAAGCUGCCAAUGACUCUUUCACGACAGGAGGUGAGUCAGGGCGAAGUGUUUACAUUUCACACGAUUUUAAGCUUACAUGUAAUAUUCUUAAUGUGUUGUUCUUAUCGCUUUUUUGUGUAGGUUAUUAGACGGCUUCGAGAACGAGGGGAACCUAUCAGGUUGUUCGGAGAGUCGGACUAUGAUGCCUUCCAGAGACUCAGGAAAAUUGAGAUUCUAACCCCAGAAGUGAACAAGGUAGAACAGAGCAACACAUGGGUUCAUUCAAAAAUUCAUUGAUACAGCUUAUUUAUACCUACACCUAUCAAUACUACUCUCCAUCAUUUGGAGCCAAAGUAUGGUUCUGUGCUCCAGUUCUUGUUUGUCAUAGUCAGUUUCUUAAGCCCAGUAUGUGACUUUUCUUUUAUCCAGGGUUUGAGAAAUGACUUGAAGGCUGCCAUGGACAAGAUUGACCAGCAGUACCUGAAUGAGAUUGUUGGAGGAACAGAAUCAGGAGAACUUGACACACAGCACGACCUUAAAGUGCAUGAAGAAAACACCACGAUAGAGGAACUGGAGGUGUGUCAUGUAGAAUAGUGAUCAUUAACUAAUUUUUUAGUUGUCAGACAAUUUUAUUAAUGCUGACAAAAUCCAUUUUGCAACAUUUAUGCCACUGAAAUAUGUUCUUAAACUGUGAUUCGUUUCUUAAUUAGCUUUAGUGCACUUACAUGAGACUAAAGUUCACUCCUGAUAUUUACAAUGUUCUUCAGGCUCUUGGAAAAACUUUGGGCACAGGAGAUGACCACGGAGACCAAGAUGUUAUCGACAAGUUUUUGAGGGUAAGGCAGAAAAAUGAAUGCAGUGCUUUUAAUCUAGAGGGAGCUAUUGGGUAAAAAGUGGUUAAUCCACCACUAGAAUCACUUUUUAUUUAUUUAAUUAUUUUGUGUAUAUUCUUGAUUCACUUACAUUGCUUGCUCUGUAAAAAUCAACCCAAAGUCUAAAACUGUUUAUAACAGCGCUAUAAAUACACGAAUGUCUAAAGCCCACAACAUUUACACACAAAACAUUCAUCUCUUGUGUUUAUUUUCUGCAUGAUAGUCAACCUACUACAAGAACAUGUUGUUAAUAGUUGUAACUCUUGUGUUCCAGUUUCUUCUCGGUGUGUGGGCCAAAGAUCUAAACAGUCGAAAGGACCAUGUGAAGCGAAGUGUUCAGGGAAAGCUGGCGAGUGCAACCCAUUCACAGACCGAGUCUUACCUCAAGCCUCUCUUCAGGAAGCUUGGAAAGAAGGUAACAUUUUGGGGAACACAAUCAAGCUGCAGGCGUGUUGUUAAAAGUCUGUAUGUGAAAAAUUUCUGUUUCUAAAAUUUAUAUUUCUUCUACUUUUUAUCUAAGAAUUUACCAGCUGACAUCAAAGAGUCCAUCACAGACAUCAUAAAGUUCAUGUUGGAGAGAGAAUAUGUCAAGGUACUUCAUAAUAAUCUGAUUAAAAGUACGUUUUUUAACCACGUCGUCCUCUGAAUUAACUCAAAUCCAAUUCACUUUUGCAGGCAAACGACGCCUAUCUGCAGAUGGCUAUCGGUAACGCUCCUUGGCCUAUCGGUGUGACAAUGGUUGGUAUCCACGCUCGUACUGGACGAGAAAAGAUCUUCUCCAAACAUGUGGCCCACGUUCUUAACGAUGAGACACAAAGAAAAUACAUCCAGGUGAGACUGUGAUAAAACCUUCUUCAGCCUUCCAGGCUCUAUUUAUAGUCCAGACUGUAUUAAGUUGGGGAUUUCCAGAGCUGUAACUACAAAGAUCAAAUACAAGCUAAUACUGGCUGCUAGAAUAUCACUGUAACUGUGAAAGAAUUUAUUUGUUGUGCCUUCCAGAUAAAUAAAACCUUAACUGGUUGGGUAGCAUGUCGGCACAUUUCACAGAUAAAUCUUGACAUUGUACAUGAAUUACAACAUAUAAACAAAGCUCUGAAUGCACAUUUUCCUCUUCAUUAUGCCUGCUUAAACACUGUCGUUUUUCCUAUAGCUGUUUUGUUUACCCAGUACACUCAGUAUAGUGGCAGUUUGUUUGACUGGGACUCAGGAGAAAAUGAUUAGCAACUCCAUUCAGUUCAUGUUUUUGCAUGUGGGGUGUGCAAACUUCACUGCUCUACUCUUUUCCGCACAACAAAAACUGCACACACUUAAAUUUGUCAUGAGUUUAUCCUGUGUACUAAACUGGGUUAUUUUUCAGUCUUAUACAGUAGUUCUCUUGUUGUAUUAUGAUAUUAUUAGAAGUUUCCAGAAAUAAUGAAGUUAGGGAAAGCAAGUUGAGAGGUACCCUGAUGCAUAGAAUAACAACUGAGAUUGUAGGUCAGUUCACACAUCUGUUCUCCUGUGACUUUAUAAUUAUGACAUGAAUGCUAGCAUGAAUCCCGAGCAAAUGAAGGAGUUGAUUCACCAAAUGGAAAAACUCACAUUUUAAUAGAUUUCAUUGCUAAUUUUGCCUUGUCUCUGAUUUCUUUUUCUACAGGGCCUGAAGAGACUAAUGACUAUCUGCCAGAAACACUUCCCAACAGAUCCAUCUAAGUGUGUAGAGUACAACGCUCUUUAACUUCUACCUGCAGCGUUACAUACAGCAAGGUGGUCUCGCUCAGCGUAUCAUGAAUCCAACAGUAAUUUUUUGUACAGCAGUUUAGUGGUGAAGGGACAGUUCAAAGUUGUCAAGAAAACUUUGUAAUAUCUUAAAAAUCAAGAACCAUUUAAACAUACUUGCGCAUUUCUACAGACAGCUGUCUCAGAAGGUGCGUUAUUUGAGAAAAGUUUGACCUCAAGUCUCAGUAGAUUUGCCUUUUGAACCGCUGCAAAUCUGUCGCACCUGUUAUGCCGUGAAUGAUCACAUGUCCCCUGUCAGGCUGGUUAAUGAGUACUCUUAAGUUUUGCAGGAUACGUAACACAAAGAGAAUUAAUUGCCAGUCUUGACCAGGCAUUGUCGUUGGUAUUUGCAAAGGAAGAUCAGGCUGUGUAAGUUUUAUUACACUCUUGAUGUAACAGAUUUUCUUUUUUAAGACUCAAUAUAGAUUUGGUUUACCUUGAAUGUUCUCAGCAUGUCAUUCAACCAGUCAGUAAGUUUCUGUGCUAUCCUCAUAAGAAAUAAAGGGUUUUUAUUAUACCAGCUGUUACUCUAAUGGUGAAAAUCAAAUUUGCCCUCCUGACUCUCAUUCUUGUUUUGGAGAUUUUGCUGUCUUGUCUCCUGCAGCUGGACUGCUGAGCGGGGCUUUAUUCAGCCAGCAUGUUUUGUUUGUUUAGCAGUGUGUGUUGCUGCAGGGAAAAUAUUUGAAAUGAAGGACGGUGUACCAUGACAUACUUAAGAAACAUUUAGAAAUAAUUAAACCAUGAACAAAUCUUACUUGAACCACGUUAAAAAGUCUGAGAGUACUGCACCGCACUGAAGACAAACUUUAAAGCUCAAAUGAAACUCUGGCAGAAGUGAGAAAACAAAAGAGCAGUAAGACGGGUCAAAGAAUAACUGUCAUGUGAGAAGUGCGUAUGGCAAAUUAAGAAACAAGAUUUGCGAUGACUGAUUACAAAUGGAAACUCUCUAACAUCCAGCGUCAUACACUGACCUUAUUACACUGGGUUACCAUGGUGAUCUGAUCUGUCCCUUGUGGUCUCAUAGUGAACGGUGUUCUCAGCUGUCUCAGCCCACGUCAGCACCCAGUUUCAGUCCGUCUGCUCUGAAUCCAUCACUUUUUAAGACGGAGAACUUCAGUUUGGCACUUGGCAGAGCAGAAUAACAUGAACUGAAGGUCACUCUAAGGACCUCGGUUUGACAUACAGUAACCUAAGGAGGGCAGUAGUGUUUUUCUAAGGUAUUCACAGCGGCAUAUUUUAACUGAUUAGAAUUAAAAAUAAACUACUUAUGUCAUGUUUGUCCUCAGCAAGUAAACUUUCCCUCUGUCCUUGAGAUAAAGUUUACUUUGUGUUUUGGCUUCUGUCCAGUCUUAUCUCUUAAGUCAAUGUCAGCUGUGCUGUUUGCGUAGGCCUUGGAUUUGACAAUCUCAUAAAAAAACUAUCUGCAAUUUAUUGUUAAUGAACAAAAGAUAUCACUCUGAUGACCCACAAAAUUCUCUCUCCUGUGAGCUAACUUGACCACAAACUCCCCCUACUCUCUUACUAAUAUGCACUUUUGUACAGCAUGAACACUGACAACUGUGAGGGUUUGUGUUCACUAUAACUUAUUUAUCUCCAUUGACCCACAGCCUCAUAAAUGGUUAGAAAAUUCAUACGUUAGUGCUCUUUGUGCUCCUUUGUUAAAGCAGGAUGUGUGAGGGAUCCACUUGGUAUUAUUGCAACAUUCAAAGCCCAGAGCUUCAGGAAAUGACUGUCUGCAUGGAUUGUGUGUAACUGCAUAUAUUUGCAUGUUAAUGAAAUCAGAGCAAGAGUGUUGAUUAGCUGUAUGUAGCGUUUUAUUUCCACGUGAGGAAACACUUCAGUUCAUUAGGAGAUGUUUCAAGUAAUGUACCAUAGGUAAAGCAAAUCUAUUCAAAUGCAUUAACAUUCUCAGGGUAAAAAAGUCCUGCACUUCGCUUGUAGUUUGUUUGUAUUGAAUCUUUUUUUUUUCAAAUGGUUGAAGUGAGGAUAUUAUUUUGUUUACUGGCAACCUCUUUCUGCUUAUUUCCUUGAAAAGGUCUCCGCCAUGGUUACCUGCCAGAUUGCUGGUCUUAACUGUUAUUAGAGCUUCAAUUCUCUUUCAUGUGGACAGCCUGGACGGUAUGAGCGUUGCCAGGCACCUGCAGAGAGGGAAACCAAUUACUGGUGUUUUGUGUCACACCCGAAACCUUUCUCUCAUUCUCACUCUCUCUUUACCUGGCAAGUAGAGUUGGAGUAUGUUUCUCAUGCUUGCUUGUGAUACACGAAGAUAAAUAUUAAAACCUCUCUUGACUCGG